GGUGGAGCGACAGGUCUCGGGCCCUCAGGCGGAGCGGCGGGCGCCGGACCCCCAGGAGGAGCGACAGGUCUCGGGCCCUCAGGCGGAGCGACAGGUCUCGGGCCCCCAGGCGGGGCGGCGGGCGCCGGAUUCCCAGGCGGAGCGGCGGGCGCUGGACCCCCAAGCGGAGCAACAGGUCUCGGGCCCCCAGGCGGAGCGGCGGGCACCGAGACACCAGGCACGACAGUGGGCUCCGAGUCAACUGGUAUGACCGCAGGCACUGGGUCAGACAUUGGAUCGUCUGACCGGACAGCGGCAUCGGGUCACCAGGCAUCAAGUCAUUUGGCUCGACAGCGAGCACCGCGUCAUCUGGCAAGGCAGUGGGCUCCGAGUCAACUGGCAUGACCGCGGGCACUGGGUCAGACAUUGGAUCGUCUGACUGGACAGCGGGCAUCGGGUCACCAGGCAUCAGCGGGCAUCGAGUCAACUGGCCUAAUAGGAUCGUCAGGCUGGAUCAGUUCAUCAUGCUGGGUAGAGGCAUCAGGCCGAGGAGAGGCUUCAGGCUGCGUACAGGCAUCAGUCAG